GGGUAGUUUUGAGAUUAUUAGCACUGUUGAAUAUCUUUGUCUGUGGCAUACAUAUAAAACCAAUUAAAAUUAAGAAAGUUGAACAAUGUUACAUGAUCUACAUUAAAACUGACAUAAAAAUUUUAUUUUUAAUUUUUCUUUUUAUAUUAAGAAAAUAUCUAGUGGAAAAGAUUUUAGUAUAUCACACAUGGGGCCAGGGGUGGGACUGGUAGUAAACUGUACUAAAUUAAACUUGUUGAUUACAUUAUUAAUUAUUAUUAAUCUUAAUUAAGUAAGUGGUAAGACUCUUUGUGAUUUAUCUCUUUAGAACACAGAUCUGAUUUAACCAAGAGGUUCUGAUGAGAUGAUACCAACAUUCCACCACACACCCACUUCCACCGUCUUUGCUUUUACUGCUCUGCUUCAUCUCUUCUCUCCUUCAGUUUUUGACUGGUUUUCUAAGACACAGACAAGUUAGGUGUGCUUUCUUUUCUUUCUUUGCUUUCUCUUUCAUAUUGACUCAAUUUUUUUUGCUCAUUUCUUGAACUGACUUCAAUACACUUCUGCUCCCUUGCUAUAAAAACUUUCAUCAUUCACAAAUCGCAGCAACAAAAAAUCUCACCUUCCAGCAUUUUUUUCAGCUCACCCCCACCCAAAAUUAUAUAUCAAAAUAUUCUCUCUUAAAGAUUGUAUUUUUUUGGAUGCAUGUUCAGAUGGGUAUAUGAAAGUAUUGAGUUUUGUUUUUUUCUCUGUUAUAACAAUUUAAUUCCCAUCAACUGCCAAAAGAAAGAAAACCAUUGUCCCUUCUUUUUCUCUCUCAAUGAGAUAUUUUUAGAUGCAUUUUGAGGUGGGUAUGUUAAAGUUUUGAGCUUUAUUCUUUCUUAUUUUUAUAUUAAAAAAACUUCCAAUAUUCCAUUAUUGAAAAGAAGUGAAGGGAGAAAGCCCUAUCUUCUAGCCGUCCAUAUAGGACUAGAAAGAAAAUCUCUCCAAACCUUUUUCUCACUCGAAGAUACAUUUUUCGAUGCAUUUUGAGAUGGGUUUGUGGAACUGUUGAGCUUCAUUGUUGUGUUGGUUUUGUUCAAGCUAUUUUGGUGCUCUCUCUCCAAAAAGGGAUCUGGCUGUCAGAGAAACGUGUAUUCAUAACCUGUCUUUUCUGUGAUUCCAAAAUCUCAUCUGGGUAUUGCUGAUCUCAGGAGCUCUUUAACCAAAAAAAAAAGGAGUUUUGGGGAUUGUUCCCAAUUUGGGCAAGCUUUACAUUUUUGGUUCAGCUACAGCUACUGAAAGUAAUAAUGUCUAGAAAGAAAAUGGCAUCUGGGUAUGGUAUGUGUUAUCCCAUUGUUGGAUUUGCUUCAUGUAUGGUUUUCAUCUACAUGUCGUUUGGUGACGUGAAGGUGAAGCUCAAUUUCAACAAAGCACCGAAAUUGGACUUCGUAGGAAGGAAUGGAACUCAGUUUGUGGUUAAUGGUAAACCUUUUUACAUUAAUGGCUGGAACUCUUACUGGUUAAUGGACCACGCUGUGGAUGAAUACAGUAGAUAUCGGGUCGGGCAAAUGUUGGAAGCCGGAUCUAAAAUGGGUCUCACUGUGUGUCGUACUUGGGCCUUUAAUGAUGGUACCUACAAUGCCCUCCAAAUGUCCCCUGGUGUCUUCAACGAGCGAGUUUUCAAGGCUUUGGAUUAUGUCAUUGCAGAAGCUGGGCAACGUGGAAUCAGGCUGCUUCUUGCCCUGGUUAAUAACUUGCAAGCUUAUGGUGGAAAGACUCAAUAUGUCAAGUGGGCAUGGGAAGAAGGGCUUGGUUUAAGUGCUUCUAAUGAUUCCUUCUUCUUCGACCCGACCAUCCGUGAUUAUUUCAAGAACUAUGUCAAGACUAUCCUGACAAGAAAGAAUACUGUAAAUGGCAUCAGAUACAAAGAUGAUCCCACCAUUUUCGGAUGGGAGAUAAUCAAUGAACCACGUUGCGUCACAGAUGCUUCUGGUGACACUCUCCAAGAUUGGUUAGAAGAAAUGUCUGCUUUCAUCAAAUCAAUUGACAAUCGUCACCUGGUGACCAUAGGACUUGAAGGAUUUUAUGGUCCAAAAAGCCCUGAGAAGUUGUCUGUGAACCCUGAAGACUGGGCUUCCCGGCUGGGAGCUGAUUUUAUUCGAAACUCCCAGAUUGCCAACAUCGACUUUGCGUCUGUUCACAUAUACCCUGAUCAGUGGUUUAAGAAAGUUGGAUUUGAAGAUAAACUGAAAUACCUCUCCAAGUGGAUGCUAUCUCACAUUGAAGAUGGUAACAAAGAGCUGAAGAAGCCAGUCGUGUUCUCUGAAUUCGGCUUGUCAAACCUGAACAAGGAUUUCAAGCCGGAGCAGCGGGAUAUAUUUUACAAAGUUAUUUACGACAUAAUUUACAAAUCUGCCAAGAAAGGCGGGUCUGGUGCCGGUGCGCUGAUCUGGCAGUAUUUGGUUGAUGGGAUGGAGGAGUACAACGAUGAUUUUGGAAUGGUACCAUGGGAAGUGCCUUCAUUGCAAACAUUGGUGGUAAAACAAUCAUGCAGGUUGUCAAAGUUCGAGGGAGUGGCUCAACAACAGCCGGAUUUCAAAGCCUCUUGUAUGCAAAAACAGUGAUAUUUCUGAGUCCAUUGAGAGGAGGGAAAAAAACGUUUCUUUUUUUUGGGGUGUGGUUAUAUUAGGUCAUUGAUAUGGCUUUUUACAGUGUUGGAAGAUAAAGGGGUUCCUCGUUUUUGUUUCAUAUUUAUUCUACUCACUCGUACACUAUUUGCACUCUCUUAUCAAAAUCCAUACUUAGUCUUAUGUAUUGCUAGUGGCUUGGUAAAAAUAUGAUGCUAUGAAUUGUAAAUGUUAUGGCGUGUGUCAUGUUAAAAAAAUUACAUAAUGGCUAACUACAGUUCAGCCACAACAAAAUGAAAAAUAGCAGAGAGAAACCUUUUGAAUAAUACCUUCCACUUGUGUAAAAAAAAGUAGCAAAUUAUAAAAAGUGGUUGCAUCUGUACUAUAUUAUGAUCUUUGGUCACUCUUGGUAAGUUUGCUUAUCAUUAUAACAUGACUUUAAGUACAUUACACUAUUGUUAAUUAAGCCCCAACCACUGACAAUGGUCUGUCAUAGAUUUUCACAAGUCAAUGAAUUAUGCAGUGUAGUUUGCCUCUCAUUUUCUGCGCAAGAAUGCUUCUACCAUCUCGUUCUUUAGUGGGUUUGCAUAUCUUGUCACUAGACCAAAUGCUACAACAAAUCUCAGCAGCAUGGAUAAUAUAACACAUCCAAUACUUGGGUCCCAACAAGCUACAUUAAACAUUAGGAUUUAGUCAAAUCAUAUCCUUACAUGUUAUUGUUUAUUUUGGAUAGAUUGUAAGUUUAUACCUAAAGAUUAUCAUUUCAAAACAAAAUGGCUAAAAUGAGAACAAACUAAGAUGAAUAUAUCUAAAUCAUUGAAAAUCUUUAUAUUGUAGGCAAAAGUAACUCCUGCAAUUUUGACUAUACAUUACUCAAUUUUGAAGCAAAUAAAACAAAUUCAAACAUCAAAUCACUACUAGUAUAAACCCAUUCCCAAAAGAAAGAAAAAAAAAUACAAAUUGAAAUGAAAUAAAUUCAUAUAUUCUCAUCAUGCUAGCUCAACUGAGAAUCAUUAAACUUAGAUUUCAUUACAUAUUCAAAAAAAAAAAAGGAAAAACUAUAAAAAAGAUAAUAUAUUUCACAAGGUAAUGACUACAUAAACCCUAGAAUCGAAAUCGAGAUCGAGAUCUGGAGACUUCAUUCCUCAUUUCUGUUUAGCCAAUCUUGGAGAAUUUCUGGAUCUAGUAACCGGAGAUGAUUCACUUCCUCCACCAGAUUUCACUUUCGUUGCAGACCCCUUUAGCUUCUUGCCCUUGGAACUCAACUUAUUCACCUCCUUCACAAUGUCCAUCACAAUCUCAGUUGCGGGGGCAACAGAAUCCUCCAAGAUCAGUCGCCGACUCCUCAAUCCAUUUGACCCAGAACCACCGUUUCUCAGACUCCGUGACGGAGUUUCGCAAGCUUUCUCUUUCUCUUCAGCCACCUUAUCAAAGUCAUCAGUGAGUUUCUUCACCAGCCGCCUCCUUCGAACCUUACUGCUCCCAAUUUCCUCAUCUUCACGAUUCAUAUCCUCAUCGAUCAAAUCCAUGAAUCUACGUCGUUUGGUCGCGAUCGGAGCGGGAGGAGGGGACUCAUCGUCGUCACCGGAAGUAUCGACAACUUUCUUGCGCUUAAGCACACCAGGAUCGGAUCCGGUUGUAGGCGAUUUGGAGGCGAACUUUUCGUUCUUCUUCGCGAUCUUCUCACGCUCGGCGCGGAGCUUUGAGACAUUCCCUUCGAUCCGGCCUUGGAGACGCAGGCGCUUGUAGCUUAAGCCGCCCAUGGACCAAUGAGCCUCGUUGGCCCAGGAGAGAAAUGGGUCCAUAACCGAAAGCGGUGGGUCGACCCGAUGGUCGUUUAGCUUGACGUCGGUGUAAAUGCGAGGGCGGGGAAGGCUGGUGCCAUAGAACUUGCCUGGACCUAGAGAUACCACCAUUGACGGUAGGCGUUAAAGGGUAGGUAGAGAGUUUAGGGUUUGUUAGAGAU